AUGGCCAGCGACGAGAUCAUGGAACGCUCCUUGGCCGCCGCCAUCGAGAGCAGCGUGGCCGCCACCGCCGGCACCCUAAUCUGGUUGAUCCCGAUCCCGCCCCAAAACCAGCACCACUCGUUCCAAGAACAGGAACCAGCUGCACGGCUUUUCCCUGACCAUGACGACGAUGGGCAGCACAACGCCGGCGACGACGUCGUGGCCAGCCUGCUCGACGAGAUUAGCCCCCGUGAGUCCGACCUCGACGAGCGGAUCCUCGAGUGCCCGGUGACGCAGCGCCUGGUGCUCUUGGCCCUGGCGAGCUUGCAGCAGGAGGUCGUUGUCGACGCGCAAAUCAGUAGCCUGCUCCUCGAAGCAGCAGAAGCGUACCGCGACGGCGGGUUCGGCGCCGUCCCCGCGGACGCCGCUGCGGUGGCCAGCCUGGGGAAGCAAACGUUUCGCACUGCCGCCGGUGCCGGAGGAGACGGCGGCGGCAGCGUCACAUGUACCUGCUGCAGCGUAUGCUUGGAGGACUUUGAGGACGGCGACGAGAUCAGCGUGAUGCCAUGCUCCGGCGGGCACGGGUUCCACACGAACUGCAUCGCCGAGUGGCUGGGGCGCUACAGCAACAUGUGCCCUCUCUGCCGCCACGCGCUGCCCACAGGCGGCUCGUAG